AUGAAGGGCAAAAUCAUCCUCGAAGAACAUGUGUCGAUGCCGGACGAGAGUCUGAUCCCUCUUCUCAGCUUCGUCUCACGCAAUGGCCGCGACCUCUAUGACGCUCUCAUCGACCUCCAUGGCCAGCGGCUGGCCGACAUGAACGCCAACGGGGUGGAGUUUGCUAUCAUCUCCGACAACCCGGGAGGGGCUCAGUCUCUUCGAGACCCGACCGCAGCGGCGGCAUAUGCGGUCAAGUCCAACAAUUACAUUGCCCAACUCGUGGACCGGGCCCCCGAGCGGUUUGGUGCGUUUGCGGCGUUGUCGAUGCACGACGCAGAGACGGCCGUCAAAGAGCUGCAACGUUGCGUCCAGGAUCUGGGCAUGUUGGGCGUCAUGCUGCACGACGGCCAGGAGUAUUUGAACGACCAGGGCGAGAUCAGCACUCGAUACUACGACGAUCCCAGAUUUGAUGUUUUCUGGGCCGCGGUGCAAGAACUGCAAACGCCCGUCUACAUACACCCCAAACCCCCAGUCCCGUCCGAACUUCGACAGCUGUACGGUUCUCGGCCCUGGCUCAUCGGACCAACUUUUAGCUUCGCGCGAGAUGCAACCUUUCACAUCCUGGCGCUCUGUACUGGUGGCGUCUUUGACCGAUUCCCCGACGUCAAGGUGAUUGUAGGCCAUUUGGGUGAGAAUGUCCUCGGGCAACUGGGCCGCAUCGAUCACUGGCUGGAGAAAAGAGAUCGCGGCAGGAUUCUCCCCGCAAAACGCACCGUUAGAGAAUACAUGGAGACCAACGUCUUCAUCACGACGGCGGGAUACUUUUCCACUGCUCCUCUGACCUACGCCAUCACCGAGAUUGGGGCAGAUCGAAUUCUCUUCUCGGUGGAUACGCCGUACGAGAACAUCGCCGAAGGGGCCACGUGGCUAGACACGCUCCCUAUCUCGCACAGCGACGUGGCCAAAAUUGGCCGGCUCAACACUCUGAAACUGUUUCCCAGGCUCCAGAGCCGGCUGCGUUCGUCGGAAACCGAGUGCCUGCAGGAGGAUAGACAGCGGGUUUUGUAUACUUCGAAUGCCGGGUUUUAAACCCGGGUCACGGGGUGGAAUGUGGAAAGAGGUUGACCUAUUUGAG